GAGAAGAUUCUCAUUGCCAACCGAGGAGAGAUCGCCUGUCGUGUUAUUGCCUCCUGUAAGAGACUUGGGAUCAAAUCUGUUGCCGUACACAGUGAUGUUGACUCAAAUGCGAAAUUUGUCAAGAUGGCAGAUGAAGCAGUGUGUAUUGGCCCUGCUCCCACAUCUAAGAGUUACCUAAACCAGGAUGCCAUCUUGGAUGCAGUGAAAUCUACCGGGGCGCAAGCUGUUCAUCCAGGUUAUGGCUUUCUCUCAGAAAACAUGACAUUUGCUGCCAAGCUUGCUGAAAAUGAUGUGUUAUUUGUUGGACCAAACAGUCAUGCUAUCCAAGCUAUGGGCGAUAAGAUCGAGAGUAAGAGAAUCGCUAAUAAAGCCAAGGUGAACUGUAUCCCUGGGUUUGAUGGUGUGAUCAAGAAUGAUGAUGAGGCAGUGGCCAAGGCACAGGAGAUAGGGUACCCUGUGAUGAUCAAGGCCUCUGCUGGAGGUGGUGGGAAAGGUAUGCGAAUUGCCUGGAAUGAUGAGGAGGCAAGAGCUGGUUUUCGAUUUUCCACAGAAGAGGCGCGGUCCAGUUUUGGCGAUGAUCGUCUCCUGAUUGAGAAGUACAUUGAUAAUCCACGACAUAUUGAAGUACAGGUGUUAUGUGACAAUCACGGUAACGCCCUCUACCUUAACGAGCGAGAGUGUUCUAUUCAGAGACGUAACCAAAAAGUCGUUGAGGAGGCCCCGAGUACAUUCUUGAACGAGGAGACGAGGCGGGCUAUGGGGGAACAAGCCAUAUCAUUGGCUAAGGCUGUCGGUUACAACUCCGCUGGAACUGUGGAGUUUUUAGUUGAUUCACAGAGGAAUUUCUACUUCCUUGAGAUGAACACAAGGUUACAGGUGGAGCAUCCAAUAACAGAGGCAAUCACUGGGGUCGAUAUCGUACAUCAGAUGUUGAGGUCCGCUAGAGGUCAUGAGCUGAUGUUGAAGCAGAGUGACAUAGGAGUUAAUGGCUGGUCGUUCGAGUGCCGCGUCUAUGCUGAAGAUCCCACAAAGGCUUUUGGUCUUCCAUCUGUCGGCCGCUUGACUUGUUAUCAAGAGCCAGAUUUGCCACAGGUGCGAUGUGACAGUGGUAUCCUUGAGGGAAGUGAGAUCAGCAUCUAUUACGAUCCGAUGAUCUGUAAGCUUGUCACAUAUGGACCAACCAGACAAGACGCCCUGAACAUUAUGGCCAAAGCUUUAGAUUCCUACGUUAUCCGAGGUCUGACCCACAACAUCUCACUCCUGCGCGAUAUCGUCACGGAGGAGAGGUUUGUCAAGGGCGACAUCAGCACUAAUUAUCUUCCAGAAGUCUAUCCAGAUGGCUUCAGUGGUAAACAGUUAACUUCCAAAGAAGAGAUAGAUCUGGCCGCGAUGGCUUGCUGUGUCUAUGCAGAAGCCGACCACCGGCAGAGAGAAUUCUCAACGCAGGACCGUCUCCAACUCACGAAAGGUGACGUGGAGGAAUGGAAUCUGAGCGUUGCUGUCGGGAAGAACAGACACAAAGUUCAAGUAACGAGGGAUGGUCAUUCAUUCAAGAUUCUGAUAGAUGGCAAUGAACUGAAGGUGAGCUGUAAGUUCAGCCUGGCUGAUAAGAUCCUGUACCCAGACAUCAAUGGCAGGAGGCCCAUCCUACAGUACAUCAAGAUGUUCAAUAACGGUGACAUCAGACUCCAGUACCUGGGAACAAAGUACAACGUCAACGUGAUUGACCAGAAAACUGCUACCUAUCUCCACCACAUGCCUGAGAAGGUGCAAGCUGAUUAUGCUAAGGUUAUCAUGGCCCCAAUGCCUGGUCUCGUCAAGUCGAUAGCUGUUGAAGUUGGACAACUUGUUGUUGAAGGCAUGGAAGUGUGCGUGCUGGAGGCCAUGAAGAUGCAAAAUAGUCUCGUGGCUGGCAAAGACGGCAAGGUGAAAUCUGUGAACUUCAAGGCGGGUGACACUGUCGCCGAAGAGGACAUUAUUGUCGAGAUCGAAUAGGGUGCCAUCGUGUACUAGUUCGCUAGAGAACUUUGCGAUCAUCAACAAGAUGGAGCAGAGCUGUAGUAAUGAGAUUGUCAGUUCAGUACAAGAGAGUUUUUACGAUGAUGAAGAUGUUGAUGAUGCUGAUAAUUGAGAAAUGCUGUAGUUGCUUCUGGCAAGACAAUAUGUUGUCACGAGUCUUUUUGAUUAGCUUUGUGACUUCUUUCUUUUGUAACAUGCAUUUGGCACUCAUUUCAGUUGGAAAAAGCUUCGGGAAAACUUUGAGGAACGGUUGCGGUAAAGUUACGAAAAAGAAGUCACACAAAUAGACUAACUAUAAAAAGUCUUCAGAAUGUCAUUCAAUGAUUAAAUAUGUUUAUCGUGAUGGUGCUCCUGAUAGUGAAUAUCACUUCAAGAAGUUCAGAGAUCUGUGUAGUAAGUUACCUUUACAGGUGAAGUUGUUGCACUACUGAUUUGAAUGAUUGUUUUAGUUAUUGAAAAUCAUGUUAAUUUCAGAGGAAUUGGGGGAUUUUUAGGUCACAUGGGUGAGCACACAACUGAUAUGAGAGAAGUUUGAUCUUGGUUACUGAACUCGAGUAUGAUACUGUCUCUUGUUGCCCCAUGUCAGCACAAUGUCCCUCAGACAUUUCAUUCUUAAAAAUGAGAAGAUGUAUAUGUAUCGUGGAUUAUAUUUUACAUACAAGCUGGUUCAAGCAUGUUGUCCAGUGAACUAGUGCAGUCUGACUGUAUAAAUUCCUAGAACUGAUAGAGACUAGUCUUUGCAUUCUUGAUGAGACAUUUACUUAGUGUUUUCUUUAAAUGUUGUGUGCGUACAUAUAAUAGUUACGGGUACCUCUGUAUGGCUUAGCUUAAACGUGGUGUAUCAGUGUCUCCGACGCUAGGGGACAUUCCUAAGAGGUAAUAGAU